GCCCAGUCGCCGGCCAUUUGCUGCCUCUGCGGCGGCAGCCGCCCUGCUGUGCCUGGUACGGAGAGCAGGACAAGGUGGCCGCCUGUUCGCGAGCCCAGCCAAGCCUAGUGGGCCCCCACGGCCCGCGUCCCUGCGCCGGCCAGCGAGGUCGGCGUGGUCGGGUAGUGGCGGCGAGAUCGACGAUGUGCUGCGGUCCGUAUCGGUGCGGGCCCAGGGGAAGGCCGUGGCGGAGGCGAAGGUGGCCUCCGACUCUGCAGCAGCCCUUAGCCCAGAGGCCGCCGUGGAGGCGCUGCUUCGGACGGCCGGGCCCGGCGCAGGUUCCCCACCUCCGGAGGUCGUUGGCGCUGCCCUGAAGGCCAUGGGCGUCGCCGCGACGGCGGAGAACGUGGAGCGUGCGCUGCGGGCUGCCUUAGGAGGGGCGACGCCCACCUCAGAGCAGGUUUCCGCUGCACAGCAGACAGCCAGCGCGGGGCUCCCACCCGACUUCUUCGACGCGCCACUGCCAGGCGCCGAGUCCCCUGCAGCAGCCGCGCCGCCUCUCACGCCGCAGAGCCCGGAAGCAGUCAUCCAGAUGCUGAUUCAGGCGGCGGGGCCCGGCGCCGGUAGCCCGCCGGCAGAUGUGGUGGGCACGGCGCUACGACAAGCAGGAGUGGAGAUCACCACAGACAAUGUCAUCCGGGCGCUGAAGGAGGCCGCGGGACCCGGUGCGGGAGAGCCCUCCUCGAAGGUGCUGGGUGAUGCCUUGAAGGCGGCCAUGGCAGCGCCCGGCCCGAACGGCUUCGGCGUGGGUCCGACGUCCGAUGCUUUGAAAACGCCCGGCGCCGGCGCGGCGCCAGGCGCCUCUCCCGGAGCCAUGCCAGGGGCGGCCCCACAGACGCCGGAGGAGGUGGUGGAGACACUGCUCGCCCUCGUUGGAAAGGAGGCAGGUGAGGCACCUGCAGAAGUCCUUGGCGCAGCCCUGGUAGCCUCAGGACUGCCGGCAUCACGGGAGAACGUGCUGCGGGCUUUGAAGGCCGCUGGGCGAGCGACGCCUGCCGAGGAGGAUAUCCAGAAGGCCAUGGCAGCCGCCGCUGCUGGCGCAGCGGGGGCGGGAGCCGUUCCGCCUGCAGCGGGCGGAAUGUCCACACCCGAGGAGGUGGUCUUCGCGCUGCGCACCGCCGCUGGACCCGGGGCCGGCCGGCCCCCCGCCCAGGUGGUGGGUGUGGCCCUCAAGCAGGCGCAGGUCACGCCUCUCAGUGCAGAGGUCGUGAUCCGGGCCUUGAAGGAGGCGGGCUACAACGAGCCGUCUGCUCAAGAGGUGCAGGCGGCGCUGAAAGGCGCAGCCACGGGGGAGUUCCCGGAGGAGGCCUAG